GAAAGACAGGCCAGAUGGGAGCCUCACUCCGCCCUUCUCCCGUCCCCCACCCUCCUCUGCUUUGCACACAGCGGGUAUCAUCGGGCACUCGGCCUGGGAGGUGUGCUGCCUGAGAUUUUGCCUCUGUGAGGGGAAUGCAGCCUCAAGGCGCCAUCUUUUUGGCCCUUCCCCACCUGGGGCCCAUCCUGCUCUGGCUGCUCACCCGUCAUCGGAUGUCUGGUUGGUACGACAACCCAAAGAAACCGCCCUGGUGCCCACCUCACAAAGUCUUGUUGGCAGGGUGGAUCACCAUCUACUUUGUCAUGGGCUAUGCCUCCUACCUGGUGUGGAAGGACCUGGGAGGGGGCUUUGGGCGGCCCCUGGCCCUGCCUCUCGGCCUCUAUGCUGUGCAGCUCGCCGUCAGCUGGGCUGUCCUGAUUUUCUUUUUCGCAGCCCACACCCAUGGUCUGGCCCUGCUGCACCUGCUACUGCUUUACGGACUGGUGGUGAGCACAGCGCUGAUCUGGCAUCCCAUCAACAAGUUGGCCGCCGUGCUCCUGCUGCCUUACCUGGCCUGGCUCACCGUGACCGCUUCCAUCGCCUACCGCCUGUGGAGGGACAGCCUCUGUCCUAACCAUCAGCCUCAGCCCAUGGGGGAGAAGAGUGACUGAGGCACCAGGGACAGGAGAGGAGGGAGGAUGGCCAGGGGAGGGGUAGAAGAGAACGCAGGCAGGGCUGUGGGGCUAUUUGGGAGAGAGGGGAGGAGGGGGACGGGGGGCCAGGGAUUGAUGAAUCCCUGAAGAUGACUCGGCCCAAUGUGGUCACUGUCCUGGUUCCCCUCGUGCCAAUUUCCAUUCGAUUUCAGAAACAGAAAAGGGAGGGAGGGGAGCUUAUUUUACCACUUAAUAUAAAUUAAUUAAUCCUGUAUUAAUAAAGUAACUUAGUAAUAUCCAUUAAUAAAAUCCUUUACUAACUUUG